CACCAGUUCAUUGGUAGUUUGUCGAUAUGGCGAUUUUACGUGUAGCUGUUGUGUUAAUUGUAUUUCUAUAUAAUUGGACCAAUGCUGAAAGAGUGUUGCUACGUUGUGAUCAAAUCCGACAAUUCGUGGAUGGCCACAAUUUACGACGACAACGUAUUGCCAUGGGGACUGUACCGGGUCAGCCGCCAGCGUCUAACAUGGGAUAUAUGGAAAGUACAUUAUAAAUCGAGGUUUGGGAUGAAGAACUCGCACAAAAAGCAGCUGGAUGGGCUGAUAAUGGAAAAUUCUCGCACAAUCCAAAUAGAACCAUAGGUUCUAAUAGGUGGAGUUUGGUUGGUGAAAACAUUUAUAUGUCAAAAUUAUACUCUAGUAUAAACAGCACAGUUACACCAAAUAUUGAACAAGCCCUGGAAGCGUGGUUUAACGAGUAUAAAAAUUACGUAUUUACCCCAUAUUCUACAACUACUGUAAAACCCGUUGGACAUUAUACCCAGAUGGCGUGGGCGGACUCUACUCAUUUAGGUUGCGGUAUCUCGCAAAGGAAAGAAAAUGCCUGGACAGUAACAUUAUUUGUUUGUGACUAUGGACCUACUGGAAACUUUAUAGGAAAAGUACCAUAUAUAAGUGCCAACGUACGGGGAUAUCUUCGCUGCCAGAAAGGAGAAUGCAGUAAACCGUACGGUUCCUGUUGA